AUGAAGGUCUGUCUCACUCUGACCUGCCUCUUCUUCCUCACAGCUCUGCAGGAUGGAGAAACUCUGAUAAUCUACAGAGGAAAGGAAGGAGGAAGCAUCACAGUUAGAUGUAAAUUUGGUUACUUUGGAGAGAAAAGGUUCCUUUGUAAGGAAACUUGUGAAAGAAAAAAUAUUCUCAUUGAAACAACUAAAGAUAAAGAUCAGAGAGGCAGAUUCAGCAUCAGAUAUGAAGAAAGAGGUUAUACCAAAUCUGAUUUUCUACAUGUGAGCAUCACUGAUCUGAAAUCGUUAGACUCAGGAUGGUACCGGUGUCGCUCAGAUGGAUGGACAGGAAUUCAGUACGAUGAUUUUGAUCUUGUUGUGACUGAAGAUUCUUCAGAACCAAAAUGGACUCAAAGACCUUUUCUAGGAUCAACUUUUCUCCCUACAGCUUCAACAACAAGAAAGAGAACAACUAGAACAACAACUCAGAGUUUCUCUCAUUCUCCAUCUGAAACCAUCAAACUCCCUGAGAAACCAGCUGCAGCUCCAGAUCCGCUGCUUUAUGUGGGUCUGACUCUGGGCCUCCUGUUCGUCAUGUUAGCGACGACUCUGCUGAUUUUCUGCCAGAAGAAACGUUUCCAUCAACAGAAAGGUCCUCCGGUGAAAAUAGAGCCUGCUGACUUCAAAACGAUCAACACCGUUUAUGAGGAGAUCAGAGAGGAGGACAGAGAGAACAAACCUCCUGCUGCGGAAAUAUCUUCAGUUUAUGUUUGCGUCCAACCCGACAAACCAACUGCAACUGAAAGCAACGAAAUAUACAGCCUGGCCAGCGAACCACAGGGGCAAACUAAAGAGGAAGACAUAGAGUACUCUGAAGUGCAGCUGUCAAACGUUGCUGCCGGAUCAAACGGCGGCCAUCUUGCUGCUUCAGAUAACGUCACCUAUUCAGAUCCUCGCUUAGCUUAGCCUCAACCUCUGGUAGCCAUGGCAACGGAUCACCUCCUCUUUAGUCCAUUACUGUACGAGUCUAGCUUUGCCGUGGUUCUGCUGUUUGUUUGUCCUGAGAGAAAACUCAAACUCAUUAGCUCUGUAAUUAGCUUUGAGCUAACAGUCACUAAAACUGUAAAUUUGAUUCAUUUGCUUUUGUAGGACACAUGCUGACCUGAUUUACUGGACCGUAAAAUCCAUAUAAUAUGGACUCAGACACAGUGACAAUAUCAAAAUCAGUCCACAUGGUGAUUCUUCGAGAUUUUACUAUAAACGCAUAACAAACUGGAUAAUCAGUUCAAUGUUUGAGUUUAAUAUGGCAGAUUUUGUUUUUCACUCUGUUAACUGAGAUCACCUGCUUUGCGCUUUUCUUGCCUGUAUUUUCAGUUUACAUCUGUUAGAACAGUUAGCAAAUAUUUUCAUUAUUUUAAACAUUUUCUAAUUGCUAAAUAUUUGGGCAAUAUUUAUCAUCAUUGUUGUACAUUUGUAAAAUAGGCAAAUAAAUAUUAUCUGUGAUGCUGGUUAUAAUAACUGUAAUUUAGUUGCACUCUGUAAAACGUAUGCAUAAAACUAUGAAGCAACUUCCAGCUUAAAGUUAUUGUUUAAAUGAAUGAGGGCAGAACUUAAAAACUGUUCUUCACUUUGCGGUGGAAACGGACGAAAGAGGAACUGAAACAAUGCUCCUGCACCAGCAGCUCGAAACGUGGAGCAGAAAUAUAUGUUUUAGAAAAGUACAGGAAAAAAGAAGAAUUUUUAUUGGGUAUAAUUGUACAUGCAUGUGUGGUGAUUGAAAUAGGAUUACUAAUGUAGCCCAAUAUUAAACAUUAUUAAAGUUUGGUUUAUUAGAAAAGUCUUCACGUUGAAGUCAGCUCAAGGGUUUGUGUUUUAUCAUUUGUGAGUCCGGAUACUCGACAGGAUGUGGUUCAUAGAAAAUGUUUCUUUUUUUGACUUGUCGGAGCAACAGUUGCCUGGUUCUGCUUUUAAUCAACUAGCAUUUAAAACUACUUCUUAUCUUAGUGAACAAUAGUUUCACUUCUGCUUCAGAAGUACAAUCUAUAAUAAUCGUUUCUGAUCAAUCAACAUGGAGAUCUGAUAAAGCACCGAAUCUGUCCAAGUGACCUAAUUUCCCAAAAACCAAACACUAAUGACGCAUUGUUUGACCUUUGACCUACAUAAUGUUGCAGUUGUUCACGUCACACAUGCAAAGGUUUGUCGACAUGGAUGCAAAUAUUUCUGUAAUUACAUGCAUCUGUUUACAUGUGAAGUGAAAAACCGAAGUUUUAUGAGAGAAUAUGAACUGAAAUCGAUGAACGUUAGUAAUAUUUAAUAUUUAACGGGGUAUUGUUGUUGUUUGUGAUAGUGUUUUCCUUUGUGCAGUUUGUUUUGGUGU